UCCGCGACUCGGGCUGGCCAGGCUGAGCUGGGGAAGAGGGAGCGGGGGCUGCGGGAGGCUGCUUGGCGCGAGCCCGGCCUUCCCGGGGCGCCCUGCUGUUCCGCCGCGGGUGCCGGACGAGACCCCCCGGGGGCCUCUCACUGCAUCCCGGAGGGCGGACGGGCCGGCGGUGCGUCCCUGGCGCGGGAGGCUCUGAGGCCCUGGGAGCCCCGCGCCCGGCUCGGCGUCGCGAUGCACGCCCUCUCUGGAUUCUCCCUGGUCAGCCUGCUCAGCUUGGGCUACCUGUCCUGGGAUUGGGCCAAGCCGGGCCUCGUGGCUGAUGGGCCUGCGGAGGCCGGCGAUCAGCCUUCAGCGGCUCCACCGCAGCCUCCUCACAUUAUCUUCAUCCUCACCGACGACCAAGGGUACCACGACGUGGGCUACCACGGCUCAGAUAUCGAGACCCCAACUCUGGACCGGCUGGCAGCUGAGGGCGUCAAGCUGGAGAAUUACUACAUCCAGCCCAUAUGUACGCCUUCUCGGAGCCAACUCCUCACUGGCAGGUACCAGAUCCACACAGGAUUGCAACACUCCAUCAUCCGCCCACGGCAACCCAACUGUCUGCCUCUGGACCAGGUGACGCUGCCCCAGAAGUUGCAGGAAGCAGGGUACUCCACCCACAUGGUGGGCAAGUGGCAUCUGGGCUUCUACAGGAAGGAGUGCUUGCCUACCCGCAGGGGCUUUGACACCUUCCUGGGCUCCCUCACAGGCAAUGUGGACUACUAUACCUAUGACAACUGUGACGGCCCAGGGGUUUGUGGUUUCGACCUGCAUGAGGGUGAGAGUGUGGCUUGGGGUCUCAGCGGCCAGUACUCCACUAAGCUCUAUGCUCAGCGUGCCAGCCACAUCCUUGCCAGCCACAGCCCUCAGAACCCCCUGUUCCUCUACGUGGCCUUCCAGGCGGUACACACACCCUUACAGUCACCCCGGGAGUACCUGUACCGCUAUCGCACGAUGGGCAAUGUAGCUCGGCGCAAGUACGCAGCCAUGGUGACCUGCAUGGACGAGGCUGUUCGCAACAUCACCUGGGCCCUCAAGCGCUAUGGUUUCUAUAACAACAGCGUCAUUAUCUUCUCCAGUGACAAUGGUGGCCAGACUUUCUCAGGAGGUAGCAACUGGCCCCUUCGAGGACGCAAGGGCACGUACUGGGAAGGUGGUGUGAGGGGCCUGGGUUUUGUCCACAGCCCCCUGCUCAAGAAAAAGAGACGGACCAGUCGGGCCCUGGUGCAUAUCACGGACUGGUACCCAACACUGGUGGGUCUGGCCGGUGGUACUACAUCAGCAGCUGAUGGACUGGAUGGCUACGAUGUCUGGCCAGCCAUUAGUGAGGGCCGGGCCUCACCACGCACAGAGAUCCUACACAACAUCGACCCCCUCUACAACCAUGCCCGGCAUGGCUCCUUGGAGGGUGGCUUUGGCAUCUGGAAUACAGCUGUUCAGGCUGCUAUCCGGGUGGGAGAGUGGAAGCUGCUCACCGGAGACCCCGGCUAUGGUGACUGGAUUCCACCGCAGACGCUGGCCUCCUUCCCCGGCAGCUGGUGGAACCUGGAGCGGAUGGCCAGCAUCCGCCAGGCUGUGUGGCUCUUUAACAUCAGUGCUGACCCUUAUGAACGAGAGGACCUGGCUGGCCAGCGACCUGAUGUAGUCCGCACCCUGCUGGCUCGCCUUGCUGAUUAUAACCGGACCGCCAUCCCCGUGCGUUACCCAGCUGCGAACCCUCGGGCCCAUCCUGACUUUAAUGGGGGCGCUUGGGGGCCCUGGGCCAGUGAUGAGGAUGAGGAUGAUGAUGAGGAGGAGGAGGAAGGCAGGGCUCGAAGUUUCUCCCGGGGCCGCCGCAAGAAGAAAUGCAAGAUUUGCAAGCUUCGAUCUUUUUUCCGUAAACUCAACACCAGGCUGAUGUCCCAUCGGAUCUGACGGCUGGGGGUGGCAGGGAAUCUCAGUUCCCCCUCAGAUACUGUCCCCAAUGCUGCUUCUCAGGGAGAAGGCCAAGGUCAAGUCUCAUCUGCAGGCAUGUCUGGGGAGAGCACAGAAGCCCUUAGCUGAAUAGUGUGGGACUUGGGGGUGGGCACCGAGCAGGCUGGGAUGCCUGGGUCCGGGUCCUGCCUCUCUCCUGAUAUGUUUGUUCCGUGACCUCAGGUUACCUACAGCAGCCUUCUGCCUCAGUCUCCUCACCUCUAAGAUGAGCUCUGGUGACUUUAUGACUCCAGUGUGUGCCUGUGACUGGGGCCAUGGCAGAGUUCCUUGUUGACCUUGCCACCUUCCAGAUGACAUGAGGCCGUGACCCUCUUUCCAGGUCUCUGUGGUGCUCUUGGAUAUCAGCUGGAGCAUGGCCAGCUGGCUGCUCUGUUAAAGGAACUCAAUGAAAAUGGGCAGUAGAGGGUAUGAGAACCUUUACAUUCCUGGAGCCGCAAGAUGUGGCAACCUAGUGGAACGUGCCUCUGUUUUGUCCCCAGCAUCCAGGGGAACCUGGCUGGGCCCUGAGCAGCUGCAUAGUGAGGGUGGGAGAGACAGCUGUGAAAAAAAGUCUUUGAACCAAUCAUCUCCUUUGGCCUUGGGCACAGUCCUUUUCCCUCAGGGCCUUGAUUUCCCUACUUGCAAAGGGACAGGGAAAUACUAGCCCUGGCUCGGCCUACCUCACAGUGCUGUAGAAAACUGACCAAGCUAGU